AUGAGGGGACCUGCUCCGCCGCCGGAAUCAGCAGAGAUGGUCCGGGAGAUCCUGCUCAAGCUGCCGACCACGGACGUGGCCCGGUGCCGCUGCGUCUGCAGGCUAUGGCGCGGCGUCGUCGCCGAGCCCACUUUCAGCAGCCUCCACGCCGAGGCCGAGACAAAUGGCAACCACGUCUCCGCCGCGACGGAGGCCCUGCUCGUCACGGAGACCCGGGAGCACGGCAGGCCCGAAGAGGCCAGCUUCUCCAUCGUCUCCUCGUCGACGCCCAAGCCCAUGCCGCACUGCAUCACAAUCCCCGGCGGCUACAGCCUCUCCAACGUCUGCAACGGCCUCCUCUGCUUCGCGUUCGACAGCGCCGAGGCGCCGGCGUUCAUCUGCAGCCCCGUCACCGGCGAGACGGCAACGGUUCCCACGCCCGUGGGGAGGAGGCUCCCGGAAGGCACUGUGUACCAUCACUACGCCUUGGGGUUCAGCCCUUCCACCAAGGAGCACAAGUUGUUCCGGUUCUCCUUCCCGCCAUCCAAUUCCCCCCUCGGGAACAAGAUCGACCAGAGCGUGUGCACCUUAGGCGGCGGCGGUGGCGGCGGGUGGCGUCGUCGAUCUUUCUACUCCCAAUCCAACCUGAUGCGCACCUUGCCGCCGGUGCUUGUUGAUGGGAGUCUGUACCUGGUUCAAGCACGGGGACGCCUUGUUCAAGCACGGCACGAGAGGGCGCUCGCCGGAGCGGUCUCCAGAGGCUGA